GGAGAGAGUGACUUUAGGCUGCAACCACGAGAAAUUCACAAUGAUGCAUGCUACCCUGAGUAUCUGGAUCCUAUCAGCAGUGAUCUGCAUGGGGAGAGGCCAUCACCACAUAGGUCAUGCUGAAGCAGCAGAUCCAACAGACCAAGACACAGCUGAAAACAGCGUCUCACAGCUGAUAUCAGGAAACAAACAGUUUGGCUUCCGUCUGUAUAAGAAAUUAGCUGCUCAUGCAGACUCUGAGGGCAAGAACAUCUUCUACUCUCCGGUUAGUGUGUCUCUUGCAUUGGCUGCCUUGUCGGUAGGAGCUCGAGGAGAGACCCACAGGCAGCUUUUCAGCGGUCUGGGUUAUAACAACCCCCUCCUGACGCAGACAGAUGUUGAUCAGGCUUUUCAGACAAUCCUUGAAAGAGUAAACCAGACAUUGAAUGAAGACAUCAGCGAAGGGACUGCUGUGUUUGUGGACAACAGCUUCAAAGCACGACCUGAGUUCCUGGAGACCUUGAGGCAGUCCUACUUGGCAGAUGGGUUCAAUGUUGACUUCACCAAAACUAAAGACAGCGUCAAUACCAUCAACAAGUAUGUGGAGGGGAAGACCAACGGGAAGAUAGACAAUCUGGUUGACAGCAUGGAUCCAAGCACAGUCAUGUACCUCAUCAGCUACAUCUACUACAAAGGAAAGUGGGCAACUCCUUUUAGUCCUCAUCUUACCAGGGCAGACGAGUUCAUGGUGGAUGAGAACACAAAGGUUCCAGUCCAGAUGAUGAAUAUGGAGGAGAUACUUGAUACCUACCACGACCAGGCGAUCAACACAUCAGUGCUCCAUCUCCCCUUCAACAAUUCAUACUCGAUGCUGCUGUUGUUGCCUGAUGAUAUGGCAACACUGGAGAAUGCCAUUUGUCCAGCCCAUAUCACCAAAUGGAUUAAAUGGAUGAAGCCCAGGAUGCAUGACGUCUAUGUUCCAAAGUUCUCCAUCAAGUCCUCCUACUCUCUGAAAAGUGUGUUGAGUGAUAUGGGAAUGACAGACAUGUUUGGAGACAGCGCAGACCUGAGUGGCAUUUCAGAGGGACAAAAACUGGCAGUCUCAGAGGUUGUACACCAAGCUACCCUUGAUGUGGACGAGGCCGGAGCCACCGCCGCAGCUGCUACAGGCGUAGGCAUAACACUUCUGUCCUUACGGUUCGUCCCUGUCAUGAGGUUUAAUCGUCCAUUUAUGGUCGUCAUCAUUGAACGUAACACAGAAAACAUCCUUUUCUUGGGGAAGAUCAUCAACCCAAAUAUCUGAUGGAAUAAACACCUUACUGCAGCACAGCUGCUGAAUCAUAAAUAAACUAUGACAAGAAA